UAUAAAUAAGGAACAGGUAAGUUGACGACAACAGGACCUGGAGUUACAAUCUGAGUCGAGACAAGGCUAGUCAGCAAACAGAAAGCUGCAAUGAUGAUGAAGGGGUUAAUGUCUGUACUUUUGGUCCUGGUGGCUGUCUCAUCUUCUUUGGGAAAACCCGACAAGGCGACACCCCAGAAGAGGAUCCCUCAGACGCUCUCUAGAGGGUGGGGAGACGAGCUAAUCUGGUUUCAGACCUACGAAGAAUCUUUGUACAGAUCCCAGACAAAUAACAAGCCCCUAAUGGUGAUCUUUCACCUGGAAGAUUGUCCCCACAGCCAGGCUCUGAAGAAAGCAUUUGCCAGCAACAAAGAGAUCCAGAAAAUGGCAGAUGAGGACUUCAUCUUGUUGAACCUUGUGUUUGAAACCACUGACAAGCAUCUCUAUCCUGAUGGUCAGUAUGUUCCCAGGAUCAUUUUCGUUGACCCCUCUCUCACCGUAAGAGCUGAUAUCAUUGGAAGAUAUGCCAACCGUUUGUAUGCUUAUGAACCAUCUGACAUGAAAAUAUUGUACAGCAAUAUGCAGAAAGCCAAGAAGCUGCUUAAGACAGAGCUGUGAGAGAUGGGCUGAGCCUGAAUUUGUCCUUUUACAUGACAUGUGACCUCUGGGAUUUCCCAUGAUCCCCUUGAGGAUGGGAUUUCAACAUCACUCACCAUGAAAUGUUUACUUACAUGAAGCCAAGCACUGGAUUGUCAUAUUUUCAAUGGACACAAUCCUCUUUUAAAUAUUCUACAACUGCUAGUCUUAUUACUGCACUGUCAUGUUAGUAAAAGUUCCAAUUGAAACUACAAAAAUUAGUUUUUUUAAAUAAAGAAUAUUUGUCUUCAGUCUGUUCUUGUUAUCUCUUGUAUUAACUCAACAUAGCAGCUUUAAAAACAUUCCCUAGCAAGAACUGCAGUAAUAUUUAUGUGGGGAGCGUUCCUGUAUGUUGAAUAGUUUUGGCUGGUUAUUUAUGUAUUUGUAGUGGUAUGAAUGUUCAAAAGAUCGAUUAGCGGCCUGAAGAGACAAAAAUAAAUGUUGACUUCCUAUUA